ACCAAUCUCUGAAGGGACGGUGUUGAUGGGUAAUGAUGCUUCCUGUGGUAUUCUUGGUAUUGGAACAGUCAGAAUCAGGAUGUUUGAUGGUGUGGUUAGAACCAUCAGGGAUGUGAGGCAUGUUCCAGAUCUGAAAAAGAAUCUAAUUUCCUUAGGCUCUUUGGACAGUAAUGGUUUCUCUUUUUCUAGCUAGGAUGGUGUGCUAAAAGUGGCUAGAGGUUCAUUGGUAGUAAUGAAGGGUCAUCUGAGAAACAAUUUGUACAUUUUGGUGGGUAGCACAAUGACAGGUGGAGUUGCAGCUAGUACCUUUUCAGAUACAAAUACAGAUGAUACUACUCUGUGGCAUAUGAGGCUGGGUCACAUGAGUGAGCGUGGUUUGCAGGAGCUACAUAGGCAGAACUUACUGGGAGGUAAUUCUUGUUGUAAGCUUAAGUUCUGUAAAUACUGUUUGUUUGGUAAACAGCAUAGGGUGAGUUUCAAAAUUGGAUAGCAUACGAGCAAGGAGGUGCUAGAGUACAUUCAUUCAGAUGUAUGGGGUUCAGUACAGGUACAGUCUCACAGUGGUACUAUUUAUUUUGUCUCAUUUAUUGAUGACUUUUCUAGGAAAGUCUGAGUGUAUUUUCUGAAGCACGGGAGUGAGGUAUUCAGUAAGUUAAGGGAAUGGAAAACUCUGGUAGAGAAACAAACAAGGAAACAGGGAAAGUUUCUGAAAUCUGACGACUGGAGUACAAAAACAACCAGUUAAUUGACUUCUGUAAGGAAGAGAGGAUCACUAGGCACUAUAUAGUUCCACAUGGGCCAUAGCAGAAUAGGGUGGCUAAAAGGAUGAACGGAACAUUAUUAGAGAGGGUAAGAUAUAUGAGGAUUCAGGCUAAUCUGCUUUUAAGUCAUUCUGUGCAGAAGUAGUGAGUGUGGCAUGCUACCUAGUAAACAGGUCUCCUUUUGCAGCUAUUGACGCAAAGAUUCCUAAAGAGGUAUGGACAAGUAAGCCAGUAGAUUACUCUGUGUUGAGAAUAUUUGGUUAUCCAUCGUAUGUGCAUGUGCAGGAUUAGAAAAGAUCAAAGUUGGACUCUAAGUCCAAACCGUGCAUAUUUCUUGGUUUCCAAGAAGGAGUGAAGGGAUACCGGUUGUGGGACCCUAUGGCACGGAAGGUGGUCAUUAGUAGGGAUGUGGUCUUCGAUGAGGAAGCCAUGUUGAAGGAUAAUGUUGAUAAGAAGGUGGAGUCUGAUUCAGCAGGAGUACCUAUUCAGGUGGAGCUGGACAAUAUUCAGAAUUUAGUUACAGGUAAUACUCAGACUACUGUUGUUGAUUCUGUUGCAUAGGAUACAGUGAGACAGGCUACAGUUCCUUAGGAAAUUUCUUAGACAGGUGAUAGACAUGAGCCUACAGGGCUAACCACCGGCAGAGAAGGGAGGAAUGUUAAGCCUCCGGUCAGGUAUGAGUUUAAGGACUUAGUUGCAUUUGCUCUGAUUACUAGUAGUGGAGAUCCUUCUUAUUUUCAGGAAGCAGUUCAGAAUUCUGAAUGAGAUAAUUGGCUUGGAGCCAUGGUUGAGGAGAUGGAGUCUCUUCAUAAGAAUAACACUUAGGUGUUGGUUCAGAAGCCCCAAGGACAGGAAGCUGAUUGGUUGUAAGUGGGUUUUUAGAAAAUAAGAACCUACUUUAGAAUCAUAAGGGAUAAAAUAUAAGGCCAGGUUAGUAGCAAAAGGAUACAAACAGGAUGAAGGUAUAGAUUAUAAUGAAAUCUUUUCUCCUUGUUAGCAUUGGUUGUCAUGCAUGAGUUAGAUCUGGAACAGAUGGAUGUAAAGACAGCUUUCCUUCAUGGUGAGUUGGAGGAAGAUAUCUUUAUGGAGCAACCGGAGGGGUUUGUGGAACAAGGUAAAGAACACCUGGUAUGUAAGUUGAAUAGGUCUCUUUAUGGUUUAAAGUAAUCCCCUAGGUAAUGGUAUAAGAGGUUUGAUUCUUAUAUAUUGAGGAUUGGGUAUGUUAGAAGCAGUUAUGACAGUUGUGUUUACUUCAGAUUGCUUAACAGUGGUGUAUAUGUGAUCCUUAUGCUAUAUGUGGAUGACAUGUUGAUUGCCUCUAUCAGUACUGAUGAUUUGAAUGUGUUGAAAGCCAGGUUACAAGAUGAGUUUGAGAUGAAGGAUCUUGGUGCAACUAAAAAGAUCCUUGGCAUGGAAAUCAGGAGGGACAAACAACGGAAAAAGCUGUGGUUGUCACAGGGUAAGUAUAUUGAGAAGGUGUUGGAAAGAUUUAAUAUGGAUAAGACUAAACCGGUAAAUACACCUCUAGCUGCUCAUUUUCAGUUGUCUGUUAAACUGUGUCAUUCUACUGAUGAGGAUAAGUUGGAUAUGGUUAGUGUGCCUUAUACCAGUGCAGUAGGGAGUCUGAUGUAUGCUAUGGUAUGUAGUAGACCAGACUUGUCAUACGUUGUUAGUUUGGUAAGCAAAUAUAUGGCUAAUCCAGGUAGAAUGCAUUGGAAUGCAGUGAAAUGAAUUUUCAGAUAUUUGUGUGACACUUCUGAUUAUGGUAUCUUGUUUGAAAGUACUGAUGAUUGUAAUGUUCAGGGUUAUGUGAACUCCGAUUAUGCAGGUGAUUUGGAUAAGAAGAGGUCUACUUCUGGCUUCAUUUUUACCAUGGGUGGUGGUUCCAUUAGUUGGAAGGCUAUGUUGCAACCUACUACAGGUUACACGUAUUCUGUGAUAGUCAAAGUGCGAUCCACUUGGCAAGGAAUCAAGUCUACCACUCUCGCACGAAGCAUAUUGACGUGCGGUACCAUGCAGUUAAAGCCUCAAUUGAAAUCAUGCUGGUUCUUCGCAAGCUCAUUCACAAGUUGCCCAACUUUUGUUCUUUUUUCAGCAUUGGUUCUCGCUCUCUCACAUCCCAAGACCCCAAUCUUAGGCUCAAUGAACCUAGUUCUGUAUACUAUGAUGAACUCAUCUACGCUGCUGGCCGUUCUAGGGAUUUUGCCACCAUCCACCAUCUUCUGAACAAGCGCAUGAAGGAUGGGUUCUUCAAUACCAACAACACAUUCAAGUUUAUCACUAAUGCAGCCAGUGAUUCCUCUUCACUGCUCAACAAGCUCUCUCAAACCCUAGCCCGUCUCGAUGAAGGGUUCCCUCGGAAGAGUGCAUAUGACUCACUUAUCAUGCGUCUAUGCAAAUUGGAUCGUAUGGAGGAGUCUCUGCGCCUGGUGGAGGAGAUGAUCCGUGGUGGUUAUGGCGCUAAUGCCUGUUCUUUCCACCUCAUUCUCAGUGCACUUACAAGGAGGAAGAAGAUGGAGGCGGCUUGGCAUGUGAUAGAGCUGAUGAGGAAGAUAAAGAUUUCUUUGGAUGUGACUGCCUACAACUACUUGCUCACAGCAUACAGCUUUGCUGGAAAUCUGAGUGCAGCGGCUGGAGUUCUGGAAAAUAUGAGAGAGGAGGGGAUGGAGGCAGACACAAGGACUUACGAUGCACUGGUCCUGGGUGCCUGUAAGGCUGGGAAGGUGGAAGGGGCUUUCGCUGUGCUGAGGAGGAUGGAGGACUAUGGAGUGUCACAGUUGUACUCGACACACGCGCAUGUUAUCAAUGCGCUGUUGCGAUCGGGCUAUUAUGCACAGGCAGUAGAGUUUGUGAUGAGCUAUGCUGGGAGGGAUAGGCAUUUGGAUAUGGAGAGUUUUGGGUUAUUGGCUAAUCGACUGAUCGGUUCAAACAGGUUUGAAGAAGCGACGUUGGUUUUGGAGGAGAUGUGUAAACGAGGUGUUCCAAUGGAGGAUAAAUUAAAACAUUUUUGCAAUAUACAUUGUUAUGAAGUAGAAAAGUAGUACGGUUCAUCUAAUUUUAUAAACUAUUAUUGAUAUAAUAGUGUGACAAUUGUGCAGCUUCGAUUUAUACUCUUUCUUAUUAGCUUAGCA